AUGGACUCGAAACCAUUCUGUGUUCUACAAGUCAAGCCGGUGCCUCGGGGAACCGACGCCUUCGAAGCAAAGCGGGCGGAUAUCCUACAAGCGUUCAGCGAAAAGGUCCCUCACGCACACUUCCUUUCCAAGGAUAUCAUCGACAAUGCCCCGCCUGACGUUUCCAACAUUCCUGUCACUUGCGGCAUCCUGUCGCCUCUAGAGCUCGCCAUCACUGAGAACUACGAUGCCGUUGGUCUCGCUGCAGCGAUUGCCUCCCGCAAAUUCACCGCCGUCAGCGUAGCCACAGCGUUCUCCAAGCGGGCCAUCAUCGCCCACCAGCUGACUUGCUGCCUGACCCAGUGGUUCAUGGCAGAAGCCAUCGAGCAGGCUGCCCACCUCGACGCACACCUCGACGCCACUGGGAAGACUGUUGGGCCCCUGCACGGCGUACCCGUCAGCAUCAAAGAACAUAUCCCCAUUGCCGGCAAGCCCUCCUCUGCCGGCUGCCUCGGCAGCAUCGCCAUCGACAGCGAGGACUGCCAGAUGACCGCAAUCCUGCGCAGCAUGGGAGCUGUCUUCUACUGCAAGACCAACCAGCCACAGACCAUCAUGCAUCUGGAAAGCGAUUCGCUGUGGGGCCGGGUCCUGAACCCCUUCAACACUCGCCUGUCCGCUGGCGGCUCCACUGGCGGGGAGGCCGCGCUCAUCGCCAUGAAGGGCUCAGUUCUCGGCGUGGGCACCGACAUAGGAGGCAGAAUAAGAGGACCUUCGGCGUUCUGCGGUAUCUAUGGGUUCAAACCCACAUCAUACGUGCUGCCCACAGAUCGCUUUCUGGCCAAUCCGUGCCCAGCAGAGCUUAACGUGCUAGCCGCUCCAGGACCGAUGUGCCGCAGCCUUAGAGACAUGGACCUGUUUCUUCGAGUAGAUCUCUCGAAGGAGCCGCACCUCACUGACCCAAAACUUGUUCCCAUGCCCUGGACCGGUCUUCGGACGCGGAUGACUAGGGUCCUCAAGAUCGGAAUCAUCGACAAUGAUCUUCUCUCCGAUCCCGAGUACGCCGGCGCCGUAGAGGUCACAUCGUUCAAGCCCUUCGGUGCCGCCGAUGCCUGGUCCAAGAUUCGGAGAACUUAUUGGCCCGAUGGCGGUCAAGGUGCCAGGGACGAAAUAGUCGCAACGGGCGAGCCUCUCCACCCCCUUUCAGAAUGGAUCUGGAAAGACGCCGAGCCCCAUGGGAUGCUCACGGCGCAGGACGUGGCCCUCAUGCGCAAAGACAGAGAUGACUUUCGCAUCAAAUUCGCCCGGAGCUGGGCGGAGCAGGACGUGGACGUGGUUCUGGGCCCCGCCUACAUCGGCCCGGCGUGUGCGCACGACACGGCGUUUACCUGGACGUACACGUCGCUCUACAAUUUUAUCGACUACCCUGGCGUCGUAUUCCCGACGCCCAUCGUCACCCAGCGCGGGGAGAAGUAUGAUGCGAGCUAUGUACCCUUGAGCGACGCGUGUAGGGAGGCCAGACGGCUUUGGGAUGAGUCUGAUUUUGAGGGCGCUCCGAUCAAUCUGCAGUUGGUUGCUCGCAAGUAUCACGACAUCAGCUCUUUGGGGCCUUGGCCGUCGUACAGGAUAUCCUGA